AUGGUCCUCAACCCGGAUCAUGAGGAAACUCUGCCUCAUGGUCAGAAGAGAAGCCGCAUGCCGCAGCAUGCGCAGUUAGACUCCAAGGCAUGCUUCGCCUUGAGGACAGAUAGAAGAGGCAUGACACACUCAUACCUACCUACCGAACGUAGUAUUGGUCUGUGCACACGGACGACAAACUUCCUCUGUGUGACCAUCCCAAUCACUCAGUCUAAGCCGCACCUUAAGGAAAGCCGACGCUACCUUAAGUGGAACCCCCGAACCUCUCAUUCGAGAGAAGAUCCCCGUCUCUCCAGUAGCGAGCCCGCUAUCAGAUUAGGCAAUCCGCCUAGGGAGAGCUCGACCUAUCCUAGCGACACACGCUAUGUCGCCGAUAUCUCACGCAGAGCUGGACCAUCAACUAUAAGUCGGUACCAUAAACAGCAUCACGUUGACAGUUAUAAUUAUUCCUUCCAUCCAUAUCGCUGGGCACCAUCUUUUCAAGAUCGGCGUGCCUUUGAGUGUAUGUUGGGCAGCUCUGACUCUGACAAUUCAUUGGAGGAUAUGAAGGGCAAGACUGAUGAUGGGUUUUUGAAGCAUAUGGAUGUGCUUGGACCCCAAUCUUUCCGCCUUAUUGUUCACUACAAGGAGGCCGUCCGUGAGCGCCAGCGCUUGGACCUCUUUGUGGCAUACUGGGCACGAGAGGAGAGCAAAAGGCUCGAUAAUCUCCGCCAGUUCAUGCUCCAGGCAGCUCAAGAAGACUUUGCCAGAGCAGAGCGAGAAGCCUCAGUGUUAAUGAGAAGACUUCUUGAGAAGCAUCCACCAUCUACUGACAUAGAUGCCCAAUCUCUCGCUACGCUCAGCGACCAGAACAAGAAACAUCUCCGCAAGACUGACACUCAGCUUGACCUUUUGAAAGAUCGUAUCGUGCAGAGGCAGAUGGCAAGUUCACGUGAUGAUGAUUCAAACAACAAUUUGGACGCUGCCUGA